AUGGCUAGGGUUGUAGGUGUGGCGGUUACCGCUGACGACGGGAACUCUUCCAUGUUCCAUCUCACCGGAAUCCUCUUCAUGGUGUGUAUGGCUGUUGUAGUUAUCUUCAACUGCGGCGACAGCAAGAAGAAGCCCAAACCAAGGAAGAACGUUGUGUACUACGGCGGGGGCGGCCAAAACUAUGCUACUGCGGCGACGACAAGCCACAGCAGCAGUACCGCAGCCAACGUCGCGGUCGGUGCUGCGGUAGGGACCGUCGCUGGUUUCGUCGUUGCUGAUGCCCUCGUCAGUAAUAUCAAUAGCGAUGGCGGUGGCUGUGGUGGCAGUGGCGGUGGCUGUGGUGGCGGUUGCGGUGGCUGUGGUGGCGGUUGCGGUGGCUGA